AUGGAAGCCAUUUUUGUCUGCAUUAAACUUCAAUUACAAAACAUAGAAUUGCCGGCCAUGGCAACUUCCUGUUUCACCUUGUGUUCUUCCCGUUGUCGUCAAUGUAUAGCAUUAUUCUCGAUUCCAUUAAAGCCCGCAGCAUCUCUUCAAAGAUUUCUUAAUCUAAUAAUCUUAGCUUCAAGGGCAGCCAUGGCGAAUUCGAGCUUUUAUCCUCUACUCUUAUUUUUCCUCCUCUUGUUCUUCUUUGUCUCAUCUUUCUCGGCACCCAUUGAUCGGAGCAAUAUAAUAUCGUGUCUUAAUCGUCAUAAUAUCAGCAACUACACCACUUCCUCCAACGUACACAACCAUGACUACGAUAAUCUUCUCAGCUUUUCGAUUCAAAACCUUCGGUUUUCCGAUCCCACGAUUCCGAAGCCGGCAGCUAUUAUCUUGCCGGAGAGUAGAGAUCAGCUUAUCCGCAGUGUGUUGUGUUGUUUACAAGGGUCGUGGGAGAUUAGAGUGCGGUGUGGUGGCCAUAGUUACGAGGGUACUUCGUGGGUGGCUAGCGACGGAGCUCCGUUUGUUAUUAUAGACUUGAUGAAUCUGAACCGUGUUUCGGUGGAUUUGGAGACGGAGACGGCGUGGGUGGAAGGCGGUGCGACGCUGGGAGAGACAUAUCAUGCCAUUGCCGAGUCGAGUGGCGUUCAUGGAUUCUCGGCGGGGUCUUGUCCGACAGUCGGGGCUGGUGGCCAUAUCGCUGGCGGUGGCUUCGGGUUGUUGUCGAGGAAAUACGGGCUGGCAGCCGAUAAUGUGAUCGAUGCUCUCCUGAUCGACGCGAAAGGUGAAUUACUAGACAGGCAAGCAAUGGGAGAAGAUGUGUUUUGGGCGAUAAGAGGCGGUGGCGGCGGCGUGUGGGGAGUGGUUUACGCAUGGAAAAUCCGGUUGCGGAAAGUGCCGAAGACCGUCACGAGCUUCGUCGUGUCGAGACCCGGCACGAAGGAGCACGUAGCGGAUUUAGUAAACAAGUGGCAGCACGUUGCUCCAAACUUACAAGGUGACCUAUAUUUAUCAUGCUUCGUCGGAGUCGCCCUGCCGGAGACUAAAUCCACCGGCAUAUCAGCUACAUUCAAAGGCUUCUUCCUAGGUCAAAAACAAGAAGCCAUCUCGAUCCUCCGCCGUGAAUUCCCCGAAUUAGGACUCACGACAAAAGAUUGCAAUGAAAUGAGUUGGAUUGAAUCGGUCCUAUUCUUCUCCGGACUACCUAACGGAGCCACAAUCUCGGACCUCAAGACUAGGUAUCUCCAAGACAAGCAUUACUUCAAGGCCAAAUCAGACUACGUAAGGAAUCCGAUCUCUGCCACCGGCAUAAGAACCGCCCUCGACAUUCUCGAUGGCGAACCGAAAGGGUACAUCAUCAUGGACCCUUACGGUGCCACGAUGAGCAACAUAAGCAGCAACUCGAUCGCCUUUCCGCAUAGGCGAGGCAAUUUGUAUACGAUCCAAUACCUCGUCGAGUGGCACCGUGAAGAUAACAACAGAAGCAACGAAUACAUAGAAUGGAUACGAGGAUUCCAUGAAGCAAUGUCGGACCACGUUUCAUGUGGUCCGAGGGCUGCUUAUGUGAACUACAUUGACUUGGACCUUGGUGUCAUGGAAUUGAUCGACACUAAUGUACCAUCGGUGGAUACUGUCGAGGUUGCUCGGAUUUGGGGUGAAAAAUAUUUUUUGAAUAAUUACGAUAGAUUGGUGAAAGCUAAGACAUUGAUCGAUCCGAACAACAUUUUCAAACACCAACAGGGGAUUCCUCCGACCACUGCCACAAUCGGUUCCAAGGCACAUAGCUUCUAAUCAUGGUGAGGACUGAAAUUCAAUUAU